AUGCGGCUGGCGGUGAGGCGUGGGGGUCGUCUGCUGCGGCCAGCCGGCUUCGCCCGGCGUGUCUCCUCCGCCGCGGAGCCGCAGGGGGAGCGGGGGUUCUUCUCCGUGCUUCGGCGCGGCCCCCGCAGCCGCGCGGAGCUCUGGGGGCUCUGCCUCGGGUGCUCCGUCUUCCCGCUCUCCGUGGCGCUGCUGAACUGGUACGACAGGCAGAAGGAGGAGGCGCCGCCGCCGGAGCUGGCGCCGGACUUCCACUCGACGCAGUCCGUUGCGAUGGCGCCCAAGCAGCAGCUGGGGGGGCCAUUCCGGCUGCGCGACAGCCGCACCGGCGCCUACGUUACCGACCAGGAGCUGUUUCAGAACCACUGGACGCUGCUCUACUUUGGCUUCUCCAAGUGUGCGGAGGUGUGCCCGUCGACGCUGCAGUUUAUUACCGAGCUUAUGCGGGCCUGCGACGCCAAGCUGACGGACAGCACGGCGGCGGAAGUGGCAAAGCUGCAGGCGGUGUUUUUAAGUAUAGACUCCUUCCGCGACACGCCAGAGGUUUUGGAAAAGUACAUCGCCAAGUACGACCCCCGUCUUCGGGCGCUCUGUGGCACCGCGGGGGAGGUGCGGCAGGCGGCCAACGCGUGGCGCGUCUACUACUCCUCCGUCGAGGAAACGGACGAGGAGCGGGAGGCGCGCGAGGCAAAAGGGAUUCCAGAGGUGUACCUGGACGACACCUACCAGUUUGACCACAGCUGCGCCAUCUACCUCGUCGGCCCGGAUGGCAAGAUGAAGGACUUCUUCUUCAAAGAGAUGGGGCUGGAGGACGCCGUCAGCCGGCUGGAGGUGCACUUUGCAGACAUCUACGGCUUCAAGGACACACGAUAG